AUGUUGAACACCACCUCCGUGGCUGGAAUCAUUGCCGGGCGUGACCCGUUCGAAUACAGCUCUUCGUCGCCUUACACGCUAUUCUUCUUUCAAGCCAUAGUGAUCAUAGUGUUUGCGGAACUUUUAUAUGUGCCACUACGUCGUCUCAAACAGCCAAAGGUCAUUGCCGAGGUUAUUGGAGGUAUCCUUCUUGGUCCAAGUGCCAUUGGGAAGAUUCCGGGGUUCACCAAGACGGUGUUUCCCGAUGCAUCUAUUCCGGGGUUAACGUUGAUGGCCAAUGUUGGUGUCUGUCUGCUGCUUUUCAUCGUUGGGUGUGAGGUUGACCUUCAUUUCAUCAAGAAACAUAUGCGUGUGGCUCUUUCUGUUGGUAUCUUCAACAUGGCUGUGCCUUUUGGAUUGGGAUGUUUGAUCUCUAUUGGACUCUGGAAGGACUACAGGGAAACCGUUGAGCCACACAUCAAGUUCACCACAUUUCUGGUGUUUGUGGCGGUUGCAAUGUGUAUUACUGCAUUCCCUGUGCUUGCGCGUAUUCUCACUCAGCUCAAACUUGUGAAGGACCGUGUAGGAGUCAUUGUGCUUGCUGCUGGUGUCACCAACGAUUUACUGGGCUGGGUUCUGCUUGCUUUGUGUGUUACUCUAGCCAACUCCUCCAAACCGGAAACCACAGGAUAUAUAGUGCUCGUGGCACUUGGCUGGAUGCUCUUCGUGAUUUUCCCAGUUAGAUGGACACUGCGGUGGUUUCUGUUCAAUGUGGUGAAAGACAUCGACAACCACAGUGGACCCUCCCAACUGUCUACACUGGUUAUUUUGUGCACCGCAUUAUUAUCGGCUUUUUUUACAGAUAUCAUCGGAGUUCAUGCUAUUUUUGGUGCGUUUGUUGUGGGAACAAUAGUCCCUCGCGAAAACGAUUACGUUGCGCGUUUGGCUGCACGCAUUGAAGAUCUGGUCUACGUGAUGCUGAUCCCACUCUACUUCGCGCUCGCGGGACUCAAUGUGAACUUGGGGCUUCUCAGUCAAGGAAGGGACUGGGGAUAUAUUAUUGGGAUUAUAUCGCUUGCAAUGGUUGGAAAGAUUGGAGGAGGUUUUAUUGCUGCUAAGUUCAACGGGCUGUAUUCGCGGGAAUCUGUUGCCGUUGGGGUUCUCAUGUCUUGUAAGGGAAUUGUUGAAAUUGUUGUUCUCAAGACUGGUCUCAGUGCCUCUAUUAUUACUCCAAAACUUUACUCUAUGUUUAUCGUGAUGGCUCUGGCCACCACUGUUUUCACCACUCCCUUGACUCUUCUUGUCUAUCCAGAAAGUUACAGACAAAACGUUCAAAAGUGGCUCAAGAACAGAGAGUUCGCCGAGCGUAUUUCCAUCCAGGACUCGGACAAGGGUGACAAGGGGUCUGUUCGCGAAGUGGGCGGGUCCCUGGAAGUUUCGCAAGUGCCAGAUGUGACCCUCCAGACUUUUGAUGAGUUCUCGAUCCCAAAGAUCAUUUUUUCUAUCACAAACACAGAAAGUGUAUCGAAUGCAAUGGUUUUUAUCGAAAGAGUGUGUCAGGUCUCUAAUGGUGGAAGGGGGACAUCAGUUCAUGCUCUUUACAUCAAACAGUUGACCGAGAGAAUCUCGGACCUGAUCCUGGCUUCAAACUACACGGCCACAGCUAACGAAGUUGGGAAACAUAAACUAAAUGCAACUCUGAGUAUUCUCAAGAUUUUUUGUGGAUUCAAAAAUGUCGAUUUCUCAUCGGAAAUUCGUUUUGUUUCCAGCGACGAACACUCGGUGUUUGCGGGUCUCUCUGGAGAAGAUUUCGACGUUAGUGCCUUGCUCCUCCAUUUCGUCCACCAGAAGAAGUUUUUGGAUCUGCUGGUAGACUCUGAUGGUUUGAUAGAUAGCCUAAGAGCUCUGAAGAGUGGAACCGGUUCCCACAUUGGUGUUUUCGUUAACAAUAACCAAGAGGACAACAACCAGGAUGCCGGUGAUGAAGAUGCGACUGAUGAUUCGUCGCUGUUCUCUACACAGACCAUCCUCAAUCCCGAAAGUUUCCAGUUGACUACAAUUACGCUUGUUCUCAAUUUUAGCGGGGCUCCGCGUUUAUCGGUGACGGAUCUAGUUGCUUUGAAGCUUCUUUUGCGGUUAGCAGCUUCAGAGAGGAUAGAGCUCGCUUCCAUAAUGGUCAACGCAGCGAAUUGUCCGACCGAAGAGAUUGAUGCGCUAAAAUGGGUUACCAAGGGACUCACUGAGGUCAAUCUUUUACUUUGCACGGAAACGGGCGAAUUUGAGGCAUUUAUCGACUCAAACAGUCCGAGCUUCAGCGGAAUUUCCAACCUAGUCUUGGUCUCGUCGAAUGAGGCCCAUGACGAAAUGAAGUUUGUGGAGGAGUCCAUUCGUCGCAACAGCAAGUUGCUUGUUUUGUAUCAGUAA